UUACAGUUGAUAAUAGAGAGAGAGAGCAGAAGAAAAAAACAUUCAGUCAGGGCAUACUGCAGUGCUGAAGAAUGAAGUUUAACUCAGUCUUCUGUGUGGCUGGAGCCAUACUUCUCAACAUUGCAGGCUGUCUGGGUCAGUCAGAUGUCUGUGGUCGAGCGCCUCUCAACACCAAGAUUAUUGGUGGACUGAAUGCAACACAAGGGUCUUGGCCGUGGCAGGCCAGCAUUAACUUAAAGGCAACUGAAGAAUUUUAUUGCGGUGGGUCUCUAAUCAAUAAAGGAUGGGUUUUGACAACAGCCAAAGUCUUUGCAUUAAUGCCUGCUUCUGACAUUGUGGUCUACUUGGGACGUCAGACUCAAAAUGGCUCAAACCCAUAUGAGAUAUCCAGGACAGUGACGAAAAUCAUCAAGCAUCCGAAUUAUAACAGUCUUGACAGCAAUUUAGCACUUCUCAAGCUCUCUUCCCCUGUGACUUUCAGUGAUUACAUUAAGCCGGUCUGUCUGGCUGCUGCUGGUAGUGUGUUUGUCGAUGGGACAGCGAGCUGGGUUACUGGAUGGGGCUAUUUAAAUAGGCCCGCUACAGUGGAGGAAAUCAUGCUUCCUGAUGUACUGCAGGAGGUGGAGGCCCCUAUUGUGAACAACUUUGAAUGUAAUGCUGCCUAUGGAGGAAUCAUAACAAAUAAACUUUUAUGUGCUGGAUACUUAAAUGAGGAUGGAAAAGCACCAUGUGCGGGAGACGUUGGAGGUCCACUGGUCAUCAAGCAGGGCGCCAUCUGGAUUCAGUCUGGAGUUGUGGUCAGUGGUUAUUGUGGUCUACCUGGCUAUCCUACUAUAUACGUCAGAGUGUCUGAAUAUGAGGACUGGAUCAGCUACUACACAAACAGCAGCCUGCCUGGAUUUGUCUCAUACCCCCUCAUUUUGACUUUCACUGGAGGAUCAGUCAACCUCUUCUCAUUUCCCCUUGCUCUCGCAUUCUCCAUCAUCCCUCUCUUCAUCUCACGCUUCUUUUAAAGAUUGAGCCAUAAUUUGUUGGAUGUGGUACUGCAGCGAUUAUGACAAUUUACUAUACUCACUCACAGAAAAGGGUGAUUUAGGCAGUCCUUUUUCUAAUCUUUUCUUUGGUGGAAACUUUUUAUAUCAAUUUAAUUUGGGGUCAGUUUAUAUUAAGCACAAAACUGUGAUGUAAUGAAGCAUUCUUUUGAACGAGAAGCUUUACGCAAUGUAUUCAUUUAUAAGUGCAAAUCAAUUAACAUGCACCUGUUGCAAUGUAAUCCAUUUCUGUAUUUUUCUCAAACUAAUCAUUCCCUAUGCAAAAUAAACAAUGAAAAUCAUU